CAUCGAUGGGAAAAAUGCCAUUUGUGUAUGAUAACACAAUCAUAUGAUAGUCGUCGUUUAAAACAAAACAUUCAAGGUGAUAACGUUGUGUGCUUCUAAUAUGCCUAAUCACUGUGUUUGCAGUCCCUGCAGAAAGAUGGCCUUACUCGGAUAGAAGUCGAAUGUGCAGCAGGCAGAAGAUUAGGAUGGACGUAUUCAACUAACAUCAGAAGCAACUGGCCCUUCUUGUCUACUUGGAUUUUUCGGGGUGUUCCUGGUGAUACGAUGCCGAUUUCUGAAAAGGAGUCCAACGAAUUUUUUAAAAUGAAUUCCGAGUUGGAGACAAAGUAUGGUAGUAAGCUGCAAAAGGCUUCCGAUGGAUGUCUACACUUACAGUUUCUCCACGAGACGGAAGAAGAAGCAAAGAGAAUGUGUGACGAUAAGGACUUUGUGAAAGAAAGAUUUUUACAAUACAUGGCUGGCGUUGGGAUGGACGCUACUUCGUGUACUGUUGAAGCAUCUUACACACACGUUGCCCCAAGUUCGAAACAAGCAGAACACAUUCCCAAAAAGGAUCCCUAUGCAACAAGUGAAUCAGGCGAUGCAAAAGGGAUAGGUGGGACAACAUUUGACGAUGACAGCUCAUCUGAAAAUUUAGAUGAAAGCUUCUUCUCACUGGACGGAAGUGAGGAUAGUGAUAGACAGACACAUAAUGUCCUGGACACAAAGAUCCCAUCAACGUCAGCAGAAGAAGAUUCCGAAAAUGAAGAUACAAGUACUCAAAUCCAAUCAACACACUUACCAUCGUAUUCUGAAAGACAUGACCUAGCGGAAACGGGAACAAAGAGGUUUGAAGGACAUGCAUCAGGCAGGAGCAUUACGGUCACAGGUGUUAUUGGAGGAACAAAGAGGUUUGAAGGACAUGCAUCAGGCAGGAGCAUUACGGUCACAGGUGUUAUUGGAGGUACAGCUAUACAUACACCUUGUCGACACUGUCGCAAGGAAAGGCGGGGCCAACUGCGUCGUAAUAUCUCUAUGGAAUCUUUGAAGGAGCUUGCACGAUCAGCUCUCCGUCCCAAUCCACUGCCGGCAGAAGUCAUUCAGAUAUAUGGAUGUGACACGUGUGACAACGUUACCGAGGAAUCUAGGCGUGAGUGUGAGUUAGGGAAGCAUGUCUUCUUCAUCCACCUUUUUGACCAAUCAGAGAAUGAAAUAUGUACAUGUGAGCUGAUGCAAAAGACACAGUAUCAAAUGAAGAAGAUAUUAUCUGCGUUGAGAAACACGCAUGGAGGCAUUCUGUACGUACAUUCGUCUACUUGGAUUGAGGAUACUCGUUCAUUCGUUGACUCUAUACUCAGCACACUGACAUCUCCCGGUGAGGUUGUUUCCGAGGUUUUCGAGUGUGAAUUUGAUGAAGCAUGUCCCAACAUAUUGAGAAUAGAAGUUGAGCGUUCAGCAACGUUUAUCACUGCUGAUCUGAAAACGAAACAACCUACUUGUAUGUUGAAGUAUCAAUCCGUCUCACUUGAUACUUUGAAGUCACGCCUCUUCUCUCAGCGUACAGUACAGAAUACUGCGCCCACCUUGCAAGGCGUCUCUUAUAUCAAGCAUGGAAAGGCUGUGGUGAAGUUGUAUGUCCAAAGGUGGUCGUAUGGAUAUAGAUCGGUCGACAGAAGCUUAAGUGAUAAGGUCAGUGAACUCAUUGAUAAAGUUCAUUUGUCUGAGCACGUUUCAUCACUUUCAAAAAGAAAAAAAGGCGGAAACAUUUUUGUAGGGGAGGAACGCUUUUACGAGGGAGAUAUGGAAGGAUUAAACAUAGUUCCUCCUGGAAAGUGGCGGGGAGAUGAACUUAAGAGAACGCUUGAACAAGAGCUGCUGAGCAGAAUAUUUGUUUUUGAAAACAAAUAUUCUGAUGUGAACGACGUCUUCACAAUAGGGAUUCACAACACUGGAGAUGACACAUACAUUAUUGAAGUGGCUGUAAGACCUGUCAAUGGUUGCGUGUUUCAUGACGCCUUGGGACCAGCGUCUUUUGAACUUGAAGAAAGGGAGAUUGCUGGCUUGAAAUAUGAUGCAUGUGUCCGACUAUCUUUUGACGAUUGGUUUAAAAAGACGUUUCCAGAAAUGAAAAUAGGAAAUACUGAGCAUAAGUGACCUGCCAGUGACAUCAACUGUUCAUCAGCGUUGACCUGAUAUUGUGAAGUCAUUUACUAUUUCAUUCCUCUAACCAAAGGUUCGGCAACAGCACGGUCGUCGGUGUCUAUAAGCAGCAUUUUGCCCCAGAAUCAUUGAACCAGUGAAGCUCAAAUAUCGCAUGCUUGUAAACCUGUUAUGACACUUGCAUUUGAUGUGACAUUAUAGCCCUUUCAAAAUGUAAAGUCUUAUAUUAUUCUCUUGCAUUGACAAUGUGUUUUAUGGUGUAUGUGUAGCAUGUAAUGGGCCAAUACAUUUUAUAUUGAACUUGAUGUAAAGUUUUGCAUUCUAGCCACGCCCUUAUAUUCUCCCAACUUGCAUUAGUGGCUCUCUGUAAUACAAAUAGCUAAAGAUGCAUGUCUAUAUCAGAAGAGAAGAAUGCUCUAUCUUAGGACUUUAAAUUGUCCGUCAGUGUAAUGGAGAAUUUAAUAUUACUCUGUGAUCAAGGACGUUUUUGUAUUUUAGCGGAAGUUUGCCUCCAAUACGUUUAAGGAUAGAUAGUUAUAUAAACAUGUAUAUGUAUAUAUGUAAUGGCUCUGUUUCUCGUAUAGGUUUGGUUUGUUUGUUGUUUAACGCCGCACUCAGCAAUAUUCCAGCUAUAUGACGGCGGUCUGUAAAUAAUCGAGUCUGG